UUCGAAAGAAAAACGCCGCAUCGGAACCAUUGUUUUUGGACCCCAGCAUUUGGUAUCAAAAUCCUUGUGUGUUGAAUUCAAAGGCUUUCCGAACGCAAGAUGCAUCCACUGAACAACGACUGGCAAGAACCACAAAGUGACCAGUAUGCGGAAAAGUUCGAGGUGCAGUUUAUGUUGCGAACUGCCUGCACUACGGCACUGUAUCCUCUGGAAUACGCCAAAACCCUCAUCCAGAUCGGCUACGAACCGAUAGCUCCCCGACCGGGCUAUACGCUGUUUGGCCAAAAGCGCUUGAUGCUACCGAACAUUUUCCAAUACGCUUGCCACAUUAAAAGCGUCGACGGAUUUGUAGGAUGUUUCCGCGGGCUAAGCUCCCGGCUGGUAGGGAACGUACUGAGCGCGUACUACGGUGAACUGCUAGCCGACCGGCUUGGUUUCUACGACGUUCCCAAGCGCCCACAGAAAUCUCCCCCGGCGUAUUUCGACAGAACUUACGAAGAUUGGACGAACGACGUUGUAGACAAUGACGACGAACACCUGGAUGCGGAUUUCGUAGUGAAACUGAAGCGCAAUGUUGUAGUGCACUUUGCCGGUGUCGUAAUCUCGCACCCGUUUCACGUCAUUUCCGUCCGAAUGAUGGCACAGUUCGUUGGAAAGGAACGAUACUACAACGGAUUGUUUGCGUCGAUUAAAGAAAUCUGGAAUACCGAGGGUUUUAGUGGAUUUUUUUCCGGUAUCAUCCCACGAUUGGUAUGUGAUAUCGGAUGUCUGGUAAUCAGCAGCACCAUCACGUACUUGGCCAGCAAAGCCAUCGUAAAGGGCGAAGCGGGACGUGGAUUCCUCAGUGCGAUCGCUAGCUUCACUGUCAGCAGCAAACUUUAUCCGUACCACGUCGUCUCAACCUGCAUGAUAGUAAACGGGUCCAGAUUGAAGGCUGGCAAUCUGCCGUUGAUGGAUAACUACGUCGAUUGGAGGGAUUGUUAUGGUAAAUUGCGUGCGAGCCAAGAACAUAAACGUGGCUCAUCACUAUUUUUCCGUACCGUCCCGAGAGUGUUCAACAAAAGCAACAACUUGUACGCACCUUACCCGGAAAUGAAGUAAAUCCUAAACGGCAGAAAUGUGGCUCUCCACGUGGCACCAGUAUGCGUAUCGCGAAAACAUAGCUUUUAGCCAAUGAUUGCGUUCUACAUGUUUGGUCUAAGCGUUUAGGAUUGUUAUUUGUUAAAAGGAACCCCUUUCUCGGUACAGUAUCAUCUUCGUCGCUUCGCUUUACCAACCUUUUUUUUACUGUACGUACCUUUCGAGAACGUUUGAAAAGUAAAUUGCAUUUACCACGUACACCCAGCUGAAGAACGGAGCAAUUGAGAUGGAUUAUACAACAGCAAAAGUGUGACACAUGACGGGAAAAAGUGAAAUACCACUAAUCUGGACCUCGGAAUACCUCCAACCGUAGUGAAGGCUCGUUAACGUCAGUGAGGCUUUCGAAUGGCCAACCAACAAUAUA